CCCCCUACCUUUGACCCAAUUCAAUACCAAUAUAUAAACACUUUCACUCAUUCAAGAUUCUUAAAACCCACCAAAUUCUCUCCAAAAUAUUCAUACCCAGAUCAUCAAAUCUAGUUUCCAAUUAAAAAAAAAGUUUAUAAAAAUGGCAUUUUUCUGGAAGAGACCAAGAGCUAGCCGUUUGGCUGGCAAGAAACUCCUUUCAAAGCAAAGUUCCCGAAUAGAACUCACCAUUCCGACACAUUUUCGAUGCCCGAUAUCUCUUGAUCUGAUGAAAGACCCGGUGACCUUGUCAACGGGUAUCACAUAUGAUCGAGAAAGCAUCGAAAAGUGGAUACGGGAUGGAAACCAAACGUGCCCGGUCACUAACCAAGUUCUUACAAAUUUUGAUCAAAUACCAAAUCAUAUGAUCCGGAGAAUGAUUCAAGAUUGGUGUGUUGAGAAUAGGGCUCAUGGUGUUGAGAGGAUACCCACUCCUCGAACACCGAUAACCUCUUACGAUAUCAUGGAAAUUUGUUCGAAAAUGAUGGCUGCCGCUUCGAAAGGCGAUGCGAAAAGGUGUCUUGAUUUGGUGGAGAAGAUAAAUGUUUGGGCUAAAGAAAGUGAACAAAACAAGAGUCUCAUUAAAGAUAAUGGGCUUGGGUACGUGUUAGCGGCUUCGUUUGAGGCGUUUUCAUGUGAAAAACAUGAAGAUCUUCUAAAGGAGAUUUUGUUAUUGUUAACAUGGAUGUUUCCUUUAGGGGUUGAAGGGCGAUCUAAGCUUGGAUCAACACAAUCUUUACGUUGCAUGACAUGGUUAUUAUCGGUAGAUGAUUUGUUACUAAAAAAAAGUUGUGUUCUAACCCUAAAAGAGCUUCUUUCCACUGAUCAAACCCAUGUAAACACCUUAGUCGACAUCGAUGGCGUUCCAGAAGCCUUGAUCAACCUUAUAAACGCACCCGAUACCCAUUCGGUUAAAAAAUCUUCAUUUUCAGUCAUAUAUCACAUUCUUUCAACCCAAGUUGGCCACAACAAACUCUCACCAAGAUUCUUGGAGUUGGGUGUUAUUGAAUUGAGCUUGGAAGCUCUUGUGGAAGCUGAUAAGGGUUUAAGCGAGAUGGCGUUAGGCGUAUUAGACCGCAUCUCCGACUCUAAAGAAGGAAGGGAAAAGGUGCAAAAACAUGCAUUGAGUGUGCCAUUGCUAGUCAAAAAGAUACUAAGGGUGUCUUCUUUGGCUACUGAUUUCUGUGUUUCAAUGUUAUGGAAGUUUAGCAAGAAUGGUGAUGGGAGUGCAUUGGUGGAAGCACUUCAUGUUGGUGCUUUUCAGAAGCUAUUGCUCAUGUUGCAAGUCAACUGUGGUGAAGAGACAAAGGUGAAGGCUACUGAGAUGUUGAAGUUGAUGAAUCAAUACAAGAAUAAGUUGGAAUGUUUUGAUUCUGGACAUUAUAAGUAUCUCAGAAAGUCUUAUUGAUUUUUGGUAGAUUGUAAUUAAUUUUUGUUGAUAGUUUUUAACUAGGGUAUUGAAGAUAAAGAGUGAUUACG